AUGGUUCGAGUGAGGGGCCGCGCACCGCGCAAACGAGUCGUUCGGAAAGCGGUCGACGUUCAAGGCGAAAGAGAGGCUUUGCAGCUAGGCCUCUACCUUUCCUGGCUUCGCAAUGAGUUGGACAGUGAGGCGGCAUGCCUCGAAAUGCCGUGGACCAUGCUUUUGCUGCUAACUUUUGCAGUGACCGUUUACAUGCACACUAGACCUGACUUCGUUGUGGUGGUCGAGGGGGCCUGGAAAUCUGCCAUCGAGGAAGGUGCCACUUUUGCUUGGUCGGAGAAUUUUGGUCACAAGAAUGUUUAUGAUGUCAAUUCCCUCGCAGAUUUCUGGUCCUGGCUUCGUUUGGGAUUCUUGCCGCUGUUGGUACAGCACUCCUGGGCCUGGUCUGAAGGCUUGGAUGCCCCCUAUGCUGACAUGGCGGCUAAUCUGAGCAUGAACUUCUCCACUGGCGACCUGCCAGAUCGAUUGGACCUCGCCUAUGGCCUCUUUGCUGAUGAGCCCUGGGACAGUGCCCAGCUGCCCGUGCGGGGUGACGUGCUAAGCUACAACAAGAUCGUGGCCGGCAUCCGGCUGCAGCAAGAGAGAGCCGUGGGAAGUUGGGAGGCGUGCCAAAUUCCAGCCAGCAUGCCGGAGGAGCUGUGGAAAGAUUGGUUGGGCAAGCCUUGCAUGGUUUCAGAGCCAUCUUACUUCCUCACGCCCGAAGUGCGGCACUCUGAAACAUUUCACGGGGAGCCCAUGCGCGUGGAGUGGUUACUGACCGCGAAACAAACGUUGCAAGAGCUUCAAAUGAUGACAUUGGACAUGGAGGACGGCUGCUCUGAUUUGUCUGGCAAGUCUUCAAAGCCAGGUCGACCAGAGGUUCCUGAUGAGUGCUGGUGCCAAAGCUGUCAGGAAGGCGCGCAAGACCCGCAAGACUCUGCAGGCUUCAUACCUGGACCAUGGCUGGAUGAAUACACCCGACGAGUUGAAGUGAGUACGGUGGCUUACAAUCAAAACUAUGGCCUUCUCUCCUUUGUGUCCGUCAAUUUCUUCAUCAAUAAAGGAGGACAAGUGCAUAAACUUUUGGAUGUGCAAUCGGCCCGCAUUGAUCCCUACGUUGGCUACCUUCUCUCAGUGUUUAUCAUGUUCUUGUGUGACAUCCUUUGGUUGAUUGGAUUGCUGAAGCUUCUUCUGUAUGAGGUGCAGGACAUCGUCAACACCAUCACGGGGUCACAGCAGGUCUGGUGGAGAGCCCUCCUUUUUGAGUACCUGGCUUUCUGGAAUGUUGUGGACUGGUUGUCCUUGGCCUGUGCGUGGGCGGUGCUGGGGACGUACGUCCGUGCUGGCAUGGAAGUUUCAGCUGCAUCCACACAGCUCGAGAACGUCCUGCAGCCAGAUGUCAGUAACCUUACCAGAGCAGAGCUUUGGGCCCGGAGCGACCUUGUCUUUCAGGCCACCGAAAGCCUGGUGUCUGCUGAAGCUGACUUCCGCACAACGCUGCUCCUGUUCCCGUUGCUGGUCAUGCUGCGUUUGUUCAAGUCCUUCCAUGCCCAGCCACGCCUUGCCGUGGUGACGAAGACGAUCGCCACUGCCAGUCAAGAUUUGCUCCACUUCUUCAUCGUCCUGAUGUCCGUUUACACUUGCAUGGCCGUUUUUGGGUACCUCCUAUUUGGACAGGAUGUCGAGGACUUCUCGACGUGGGAUCGUGCGUGCAUCACCUGCUUUCGCACUUUGCUGGGUGAAUGGGACUGGGAGCAGCUGGAAAGCGUUGGGCGAGUUUUAGCAGCAAUUUGGCUUUGGUGCUUCGUGGUGCUGGUGGUGCUGGUGCUGCUGAACAUGGUGUUGGCCAUCUUGAUGGAUGCCUAUGGAGUGGCUUCACAUGGCUUAACACAUGUGGUUCGGUCUCUGCAUGUCUCGAAAUCUCACAAUACCUUUGAGGUGGUUAAAUCGAACGCAUCGGUGAUGAUGACCGUUCCGCAGCAGAUGUCAGAAAUGCUACGCCGCCGACGUCUGAAUCGGGAGAAGAAGACGGUGCGCUUGAAAGACAUCUGGUUUGCCUACCUGGAACAGUUCCAGUCGAUGCGAGAGAUGUUCGAAAGCGAGGUCUUGGUGGCUCCUGAGGACUUGGUGAAGGUUGUUCCAGGUCUUCCGCUCUCGCAAGCCAAGCGCACGCUGAUCAGUGCCCAGCGGGUCGUGCGGGAGACGUCAAGCGUGCACUAUGGGAUGGAGAACAUGCGCAUGCAGCUCAAGAUGUGCAAUGGGAGGGUUAAAAUUCUUCAAGAAGAGGUGUCCGCCAUUCGCAUGGCCGUGGACGAAGCCCGGGAUGCUGCUGGAACGCUUCCAAGCCCCACACACUUAGGUCUCAAAGAAAGCACCCUGAGGAUUGUGGACGUGUUAAAAGACACAGUCGGAGGCUUGCGAUCCCAGGUUCAUGGAGUUCUGGAGGAGGAGUGCCACAUCUAUGAGUUGGGCCAUAGGCAGCUUCAAGACGACCAACGCACCAUGCGAGUGUGCGCGCAGGACGCCAAGGCGAAGCUGAGAGUCAUGCUGCAGAGGUUGGAGGACCUAAGCACCAUCCUGGAGGAGUAUGCGACGAAGGAGCAAGUCCACUCUGUCUUCGGCUCCGCGCUGACGCGGGAUCCAGAGCCAAGCCUGGCUGCCGGGCUGCAGCGCAGUCUGGCGAUGUGCUCCGAGCCCACACGAGGGCAGAUCAUAAUGAACGACUCCGUUUUAUGA